AUGGCGCCCAAGUCUGGAGACGGGAGUUCUGCCCGACCUGCGGACGAGGCGCAACCCAAGGUCAAAGCAGCAUGUGAGGCCUGCCGCACUCGCAAGAUUAAGUGUGAUGGCGUCCGUCCUGUUUGCACGAGCUGUCAGAAGAAGAUCAAAGACUGUGUCUACAUCACCGAGCCCGACGAGCUGCGAGUUACCGCUUUGAAGCGCAGAUUCGUCGAACUGUCCAAUACAUCCUCCAACAACGAAGCUUUGAUCCGCCUUCUGCGCGACACCGCCGACGACGAAGCCCAAGUCAUCCUCGAACGUAUCCGCGCCGAUGAGAGCAUCUCGUCCAUCUUGACAGCUGGUGAUGAUGGCCGUGCACAUGGCUCAGCGACCAACAGCUUGAUUCUGGCGAUUGAGGGCGCCAACGCUCAUCGCUCUGGCGAGACCUCAUCCUCUGAAGCCAGCGACCCUCAGCUCCAGCAGCCCUCGACGCCUACUGAGCCGCCCACGGGCUUGAUCGAUAAGCAGUCGAUUUCAUUCCUGGUCGACCAGACCCAGCAGACGCGAGCAGCAGAGAACAGUGGAGCCUCAUCCAGCACGAGUGCGGAGUCGUCAAUACAAGAGCGCCGCGGGUCGACGAGGACCGCAGCAGAACCGCACGAUGAGGCCGAAGCGAUUCAUCGAGUCGGCAACGCGAGCAAACAAACGGCAGUGUCACACCCAUCCCCAACGCGCAGCCAGCGGAGCGCUGAAAAACGGACGCGGUUGUUCGAUCCGACGCGCCCGGGCCUUCAAGCACGGCCUACAUGGUCUACACCGGCGACGUUUCGUCCCAAGCCAGCGUCAAGCGUGAAUCUCCUAGCUACGAGAGCGCGUAGCACGGAUACGUCGUGGAAGAGAAGACUUGGGGGCGUGAAAGCGACCGACUGGGAGGUGUACUACACGGAUGACCAUACUCUGCUGGAGAUACUCAAGUGCUACUUCGUGUGGGAGAACCCGACUUUCGGAUUCGUCGAGGAAGAGCCCUUCUGGGAGGGCCUCAUCGUAGGAGGUUCAGAAUUUUGCAACCGCGCUUUAGUGCACGCCAUCGUGGCAUUUGGAGCUAAGAUGUUCUCUCUAUUCUCUCCUGAGAAGCCUGCUUCGAUCGGCCACCGUGCUAUGUACGAGAUCACGAAGCUCUGGGACUGGGACUCGGACGCUGCAGUCCCUGCCAACAUGUCUGCUGGACUCUUGCUCUAUGCAACGUUGGAAAGCAAUGGGCAAGAUAAGGACGGCGCUCCCUACAUAUCGGGCGCAGUGAACCUGGCUUCCGACUCAGGGCUCUUCUCUUCAGAUCGCUCGCCUCAGACAUAUCCCAGCUCUGACUCACAACUAGCAAAGCACAGGGCCAUCUUAGCCUGGAACUUGUACUCGUAUCAGGGCCAUUCACCGCCGGUCGGCCCACCCGUAAUCGAGAAAGAGGAAGACAGCAAGAAUUGGAGUCCUUACCCACUACAAAUGCCUCCAAGACCUGGUCUUAUGAGCAGCCAUCGAAGCGCGCGAGCAAUGAUGUGGAAGACGGCCAGCAAAAUCCUCCCACUUCACCAGAGACAUAGAGACGGUUCGAAUCGCGACUUACACUGGAUAAACGCCCUCGAGCUGUUCGAAGAGCUUCAAAGCCGGCGAAAGGAUUUGAAUGGACGAUUAGGGAUGCUUCACGGGGCCCCUCCACACGUCUUCACGCUGCACGUCAUUGAGCUCUUCAAGCCGUUCGUAGCUGCGGACAAUGAACCUCAGGCUCAAAUCAAGUUCAAACCUGCCCAUGACCACACUGAGCAGGCCCGACUUCAGCUAAGAUUGCUCGUCCAUCAAAUGGAACUUGAGCUUCCUGACCUGCCCUUCUCUCUUUACUAUCUGACGACUUCUGUAAUGUUCGUUGCCAACGACACGCUUAUGGCUCUCAAGGGCAAGCCGGACGUCUCUGACGAAAGCUUCUACUUCUGCUUGUGCCUCCAACUGAUGAGGCGCAUGGCCAAUGCCUAUCCGUUGGCGCGCUAUCUUAUCAUCGGCUUCCAGCAGGUUGCACGACGCAUCGGGGUCGAACUGCCAUCACAAGCCGCAGCCAUCGUGAAAAGCUUAGGCCCAGUGACACAGCCGACUCUUACACCCAGCAGCGAGCUUUUUGUGCAGCUGGACCUAGCAGCCACUGAUCCCGAGUUGUCGACGCUGCAGCGAUUGAAUGAGGAGUUCCAUGAGAUAGCCGAUCAACGCGUGCGGUGGCAGGAAGAGAAGGUGAUAGACUCUGGACCUGGAGGAGAGAGAGGAGGAAGCCGAUGA